AUGAUAGUAAUGAGCCGUUAUAUAUGUUCAUUGUGCGGGAAUCAUCACCUUCGGCUGUCCGACAUGACACCUACAGUCGAGUCCUUCUACCGGGAGAUCGACGAACUCGUAGAUGAAUACAAGUGUCGCGAGGCGUACACGAAACUCGAAAGUCUAGUCGACUUCAUUGAUGACAAAGCCGAAUGGCACCGACGAUGCGCUGAAGUAUGUUAUAUGAUUAGCAAUAUGGAAGAGAAGGAUCAAGAGCGGGUGGAAUGGCUCAAAAAAGGGCGGAAACACGCACUCGAUGCUCACGAAUUGAAUCCGUCUAGCAUAGAAAUCUUGAAAAUUCUUUGCUCAACCACUGGUCGGCUUGCAGAAGAGAGUGGCGUACGGGACAAGAUCAACCUGGGAUUUGAGUUUAAAGCUCACCUGGAUCGUGCAGUUGAACUCGACCCGACCUCAUUCGAAAUUCUACACAUGCGGGGAAGAUUCGCAUAUCAAGUAGCAAAUUUGAGUUUCUUCGAAAAACUUGCGGCGAAAACAAUUGGAGCUUUGCCUGAAGUGUCAAUGGAUGAAGCUUUGAGGGAUUUGAUGGAGUUAAGACAUUGA